AUAUAACUGCUUAAAAUAUUCAACUCAAAACUUGAAUGAAUAGGAAGUAAAACACUUUUUGAUCCAAAAAAAAAAAAGAAAAGAGAGAUAGAGAGAAGGCAAGGCAAGGCAAGGCAAGGCAAACGAGGGCACUGCUUAACUCUCUCAUUCUUUGAGUCUAAAAUUGGCUUUUAGUUUCCGUUAUCCGUGACUCCUCUGCUUAAAUCCCCAAUAUCCCAAAUCCCAACCCAGCAACAAAGAAAACCCUAAUUCUGAUUUUCCUUUAAUUGUGAUUUGCUCCUCUCAAAUUCUUUUCAAAGGACUUAUAUAUAUGUGUGUUUUCUCCACGUACUACUCUUCAUAUAGACUUAAUUGAAUUUAUUAUUUCAAUAUAUAUACGUAUAUAGUGGGAGAUCAAGGAUUUUGGGUAAGUGAGAGAAGAAAUUUUAAAGAGAAAUUGAGAAAAGCGAAUGGAAGGGAUACCCCACGCAAUACCUAGAACGGUAGAAGAGGUCUUCAACGACUUCAAGGGCAGACGCUCUGGCUUGAUUAAGGCUCUCAGCACUGAUGUGGACAAGUUCUACCAACAGUGUGAUCCUGAGAAGGAGAACUUAUGCCUAUAUGGACUUCCAAAUGAAACAUGGGAAGUUAACUUGCCUGUUGAGGAGGUGCCUCCUGAGCUUCCAGAGCCUGCACUGGGCAUAAACUUUGCUAGAGAUGGAAUGCAGGAGAAGGACUGGCUAUCAUUGGUUGCAGUUCACAGUGAUUCAUGGUUGCUUGCUGUAGCCUUCUAUUUUGGUGCACGAUUUGGGUUUGGCAAGAAUGAGAGGAAAAGACUCUUCCAGAUGAUAAACGAUCUUCCAACCAUAUUUGAAGUUGUGACAGGAAAUGUUAAGCAACCAAAGGACCAAUCUGCUAAUCACAACAACAGUGGCAAAAGCAAAUCAAGUGCUAAGGUGUCUCGUCAAUCUGAACCCCAAAGUAAAAUGGUAAAGAUCUCUCAAACACCUAAGGACGAGGAUGAGAGUGGGGAAGAAGAUGAGGAAGAUGAUGAACAGGGUGCCACUUGUGGGGCAUGUGGGGAUAGCUAUGGCACUGAUGAAUUUUGGAUUUGCUGUGAUAUCUGCGAGAGAUGGUUCCAUGGCAAAUGUGUGAAGAUUACACCUGCAAAGGCUGAGCAUAUCAAGCAGUAUAAGUGCCCAAGUUGCAGUAGCAAGAGGGCUAGAGUUUGAAAGUAGGUUCAGAAGUCGGACUUGAAGCAAUUUAAACGCAGCACGCAAGGUUUAUAGCUUUUUCCUUACAGUUUGGAAUUAAAACAGAGUUGCACCUUUUAGUUGAUGAAUUUGGAUGACUGCAGAUGGGAUUUUAAGUUUGGCUACUCUUGGCUCCUGAUCUUUUUAAUUUUUAUCGGAAUUGUGUUUCAAACCGAUACUGGUAAGUAGAAAUAUUAUUAUUUUUUAUAGGUCAAAUUGUGCAAUAGAUAUCUGUAUUUUAGUUAAACAGUGGAAUUAGUCCAUUUAUUUUAACGCAUUCAAAUUGGAUCCUUACGCAUCAUUUAAUUAUCAAAUUUAGUUAAA